UAUAGAUCUACCUAUAUAUACAGGUAUAGAAGCAGUACCCACUUGUAAUGAAGGCUUUAGAAGGAGGACAACAUGUAAAACAAUACUGUGAUCAUCAAUAACAAUGGAAAGCAUGGGGAGACAACUCUAGCCUUUUGUAAAGGACCAAACCUUACUCAGAAUAAUAAUUCUAGGUAAGUUACAAGAACGUACACAGCGACUGAGGUAGAGAUUCCUGGUGGUUUUGAGCAUAGGAUUGUUGAGACUCCAUGUGUGGAAGACGAUAAGGACAGUAGUUUUCGACCAAUGUGGAAACAGAAGUGGAUACUAUCUCGCAUGAAAAGGAAUUUUUGUAACUCUUUAUGAACCAAUUUACUGAUUGUUUCCAGUUAUUUCUAGAACUUUUCUCAGAAUUUUUACCGAGAUUUUACAUCUGAUUUUCUCAAUCACAGGACGUCCGAUGACAAUACAUUGUGUAAAAUUUAUAAAUCCAAUACAAUGGUGGAAUGUGGACAGUAUAUGAAUCCUAUUGAUAUACGCGUACAACACACAAAAACUGACACACUGUCUUCUAGAUCAUCGUCUAAACUAUAUAACCUUGUAAGGUGAAAGUAGUACAUUUUGACCAGUCUCUGACUUUUGCCCCGCCACAACUUCUGUAACCCGAUGCGUCUACUGGAGAUGGACUCACAGGAGAAAGCUACGUUACAAAACUGUAGGAACUGUUUGAUAGAAGAUCUGGAUCCUACAAAGUGCUUCCUGGCCCAGCUUCACUACAGCAACAUCCUGACCGAGGAUCAGAGGGACAGGGUAGAUAAGCAAAUGACUCGACAGGACAAGGUCGUGACCUUGAUGGAGAUCCUACCCCGUCGUGGACCUCGUGCAUUCCGCCAGUUUGUACAGGUCCUCAAAACUGACUACAAUUGGAUCAGUGAAAAGAUGGAGGCAGAACUCAACAUACAGGAAUACACUCAGCGAAUCCGAAAUGCUGUUGAGGAGAGGAUGAGAUUAAACGGGGAAAUUCUCCGUGACAAAGACUACAUACUGAAGGUGUUAUCAGAAACUAUUGUUCCUAUUGUGCUUCAAGAAGUGUCCUAUAUUUCUCCUACAGAGGGCCCCUCCGAGGCUCUGGACCAACCUCUCAAAGACCUUAUAUCUGACCACCUGAUACCUCUGAUAAAGGGGCCAAACAGGGGAAAACUCAAACUUGACUCCCUCCACUAUGAAACUCUUCUGACAAAAAUCUCAGACUUGCUAGGUGAAUUGGCCAAGCGGUGUCGGACCUCUCUUGGGUUAGAUAGCGAAGACGAAGCAUACAAGGAGUAUUCUAUACCACAGCUGAUAGAGAAACGACUCACAGAUAUGAAAGUUGAAAUACUUGCCAUGAAAAAGGAAACAAAGAAAGUGAAAAAGGUUGAAGAAAAAUUGACAGCAGAAAAUCAAAAGUAUAAAACCGAAACGAAAAACUUCAAAGAUGAGGUGAAAAGAUUAAAAUCAGAUAACCAAACGUGUCGUCAAGAAUGCAAAAAACUAAAAGAUGACUUAAAGAAAUCUAAAACUGAAAGUGAAAAGUUGCGACUGGAAGUGAACAAUUUAAAAGAACUGUUAGACAGUAAUGGUAUUGAUUUGAGAAUAUCAUCAGAAUUUCUAUAUACAUAAAAAUGUAGGUUUGGCUAAAUUUAAAGAAGGCACAAUGCAAGUCAACACAUUUCAUAGCCAGGGGAUGAAAUACAACCUUAAUUGGGAAUGUGGAGUAGGAAAUAAAAGCUAGCUAGCUGGGAAACACACAAAGUCUAUAAGUAAAGCAUCAAUAUUUCAUACUUUCAGCAAGGAUAACUUGUGAAAAAUAAAAUAAAAAAAUAAAAAGUAACACUUUCUUUUCAAAUUAGUUUGUAAGUUUGAUUGAAAUAUGUCUUCGGUAGGCCCACUCUUAAACAAUUUAGAAUUUCAGUGCUUAGGCUACCAGAAGUCAAUAUAUGUUCAGAAAAUGACAUUAGACUUCUGAGAAAUAGCGACAACAAUAUAACUUCCAGUAUGGCAGGUACAGGGUAAGGACGCACGAGACCGACUCCUGUGUUAUUUUUUAAGCUAUAGCCACAUAACCGUGUCCUCUAACCUUUUGAAGACCUGAACAGGAGACAACAGUGAGUGUUUCAUCAAUGCUGUGACUGUGAAAAUUUUAAAUGAAAUUUCUCCAUCAGUUUUACAAAAUCUUGUUGAGAGGAAAGAAGUUUUUUUACAGCCUGAGACAAGAUAACCUUGUAAAGAUUCCAAAGGUGAACACCUCCACAUAUGGUAAGAGAUCUUUCCGAUUUGCUGCUUCCCAGGUGUGGAACAGCCUACCAAAUGAACUUUGAUUAGCUGAAAACUAUAAGUCGUUUCGUGGGCUGCUCCGCACCUGGAACAAAAAUGUCUGCUCAUGUGCUAUUUGCACACACCAUAUAGUGUGAGUUGUCCCCCUUUGGAAUCUACCUACAUGUUUUAUACUACAACUAUUUCACUGCUGCUUGUGUUAUUUAAUUUAAUAUACUUCAGUAAAUAAUAUACUUAUUAUAUAAUUGAUAUUUAUUUU